AUGAUUUACGUGAUUUCAUUCGAUUUAUAUCAACGUCUGCACGUUGAUAAAGCAGUCACUUUGGCGAGAUUGGAGGAAGAAUACCAGUCGAAGUUUUGGGGUCGUGUAGAAUGGUCACACGAUCUAAAUCAACAAGAAUCACAAGCACGUUUAGCCGCCGCAGUUUUAUUCGUACAUCUUAAUAGGUCCGAUUGUGUUGAAAAUGUACAAAAAUCUUUGGAUGGAAUGGGAUUAGUAGAUAUCGAUCGUAACGAAGGACGCGUUAUUGUACAUACCGUGGCGCCUUGGUCAAGAAUACAAGAGAAAAUUGAAAACACCGGACGUAAAGCGGUAUUAGCGGGCUUUGGCGGACAAUCUGCUGUUUCAAUUAUAAAUAACACUGGCAGUGAUGUAGAUCAUACUAGCAUUCAACGAGUUGUACGAUUCACAGCCAUAACCAACGAUCAACCAGGUGUAGUAGUAGAUGGGGUAAUAGAUGGCUUAUAA